AUGAAAGUCAAUGGGCAAGAAGGCGCCCUGCAAGCAGCUGAACACCGAGGUGGCCCGCAAGAGCAUGCCAGCCAAGGACAGUGUGAAGAAGCCACACCACUACCGCCCCUACACCGUGGCGCUGCGGAGAUCCACCGCUACCAGAAGUCCACCAAGCUGCUCAGGUGCAAGCUGCCUUUCCAGCGGCUGGUGCACAAGAUCGCGCAGGUCUUCAAGACGAACCCUCUGCUCCCAGAGCUCAGCCUUCUUAGCGCUGCAGGAGGCUUGCAAGGCCUAACUGGUGGGGCUCUUGGAGGACACCAACUCCUCAGCACAUUCCCCGCCAAGCGGGUCACCAUCAUGCCCAAGGACAUCCAGCUGGCAUGCCACAUCCUUGGAUAG